GAAGGCGGGCCCAGAGGCGAGCGCUUCGCUAACGUCAUUGCGCGCGCCGGAAGUGCCUACCUGGGAUAACGGCGGCGAGCGGACGGCUACAUUUACGGGAUCUCCCGGAGGGCCAGAGUCGGAAAUUGUUGAAAACGUUAAAUUUGAUUCCUAAAAGGACUCAAAGACAGGGUUUCACUGUUUUAGCCAGGAUGGUCUCGAUCUCCUGACCUCGUGAUCCGCCCGCCUCAGCCUCCCAAAGUGCUGGGAUUACAAGCGUGAGCCACUGCGCCCGGCCAACUUCCUUUACUAACCUAUUGGCUUACAGAAGAGACGAAAUGUGGUCUGAGGGACGAUAUGAAUAUGAAAGAAUUCCGAGAGAACGAGCACCUCCUCGAAGUCAUCCCAGUGAUGGCUACAAUAGACUAGUUAAUAUUGUGCCAAAGAAACCACCACUGCUAGACAGACCUGGUGAAGGAAGCUACAAUAGAUAUUACAGUCAUGUUGAUUACCGAGACUAUGACGAGGGCCGCAGUUUUUCUCAUGAUCGAAGAAGUGGUCCACCUCACAGAGGAGAUGAAUCUGGUUAUAGAUGGACAAGAGACGAUCAUUCUGCAAGCAGGCAACCUGAAUACAGGGACAUGAGAGAUGGCUUUAGAAGAAAAAGUUUCUACUCUUCCCAUUAUGCGAGAGAGCGGUCUCCUCAUAAAAGGGACAAUACUUUUUUCAGAGAAUCACCUGUUGGCCGAAAGGAUUCUCCACACAGCAGAUCUGGUUCCAGUGUCAGUAGCAGAAGCUACUCUCCAGAAAGGAGCAAAUCAUACUCUUUCCAUCAGUCUCAACAUAGAAAGUCCGUGCGUCCUGGUGCCUCCUACAAACGGCAGAAUGAAGGAAAUCCUGAAAGAGAUAAAGAGAGGCCUGUCCAGUCUUUGAAAACAUCAAGAGAUACUUCACCCUCAAGUGGUUCAGCAGUUUCUUCAUCAAAGGUGUUAGACAAACCCAGUAGGCUAACUGAAAAGGAACUUGCUGAGGCUGCAAGCAAGUGGGCUGCUGAAAAGCUAGAGAAAUCAGAUGAAAGUAACUUGCCUGAAAUUUCUGAGUAUGAGGCGGGAUCCACAGCACCAUUGUUUACUGACCAGCCAGAGGAACCUGAGUCAAACACAACACAUGGGAUAGAAUUAUUUGAAGAUAGUCAGCUAACCACUCGCUCUAAAGCAAUAGCAUCAAAAACCAAAGAGAUUGAACAGGUUUACCGACAAGACUGUGAAACUUUCGGGAUGGUGGUGAAAAUGCUGAUUGAAAAAGAUCCUUCAUUAGAAAAGUCUAUACAGUUUGCAUUGAGGCAGAAUUUACAUGAAAUAGAGUCUGCAGGACAGACUUGGCAGCAGGUGCCCCCUGUGAGGAACGCUGAAAUGGAUCACGACGGAACCCCCGAAAACGAAGGCGAAGAGACUGCGCAGUCAGCCCUCUUUGGAUUCCAGCACGAUGCAUCAAACCAUACCAUAGUGGGGCUAGGACCCAACCCGGUACCAGAAAUGAAGGAAACGACCCUGCAGGCCCUGCAGCCCCCGCAGCCCCGGAAGAAACGGGUUCGUCGGACGACACAGCUUCGUCGGACGACAGGAGCCCCAGACAUUACCUGGGGGAUGCUGAAGAAGACAACUCAGGAGGCUGAGCGAAUCCUGCUCCGAACACAGACACCAUUCACUCCAGAAAAUUUGUUCCUUGCUAUGCUCUCUGUUGUACAUUGCAACUCACGCAAGGAUGUAAAGCCGGAAAACAAGCAGUGACUGCUAUGCCUGACAAAACUGUUGCUGCACACAUCUGUACUCGUCAGUCAACAAAACCUGAUGCAAAAAACAGAAAAGGGGUGAUGUAGGAGAUCGGUCAGGUUGGUAGGAGAAGCUAUAAGGAAAGACGCAAUUGGAAGGUCGGGAGGUUUUCCAAAGCUUCAGGAGAGAAUAAAGCUGAAGGCAGCUAAUUCUCUUACCCUGAGGCUGAGGGCAAACAGUAGGUAGCAAGGGAGUGUAAAGGAAUUUAUCUAGAUAAGUUUGUUUACUUAUGUCCUCCGGAAACCGUGCAAGACUGCUCCCUGCAAAGGGUGGCGACAGUGUUCAUUACUCACAAAUUGUGUUGGCUUCAGGCCUUUGGUAUUCUGUCUCUGCUGAAUAAAUACAAAUGGCUCCAGCUUAUCAGGACUGCACUCUCUUCUCGGCUGCGCUAAAGCUGGCACUCCCCUAGCCGUUCUCAUGCAAAAUACCUGUGUCAGAAUACUCCUUUUAUCCAUCGCUCAGCCAGAGUCUUCAGGACAGACUCGGCAUGGGACUUGUCCAAAAAAAUUCUGAUCAAAAGACGAAAAUUUUGGAAUAUGCCAGGAAUAGUGGAAUUUUAUUUUUUUAAUUUUUUUAUAGGCCCAUACUCUCUAUCUCAAGAAACAAGAUGAUUGUAACAUGUCCAUGAUUAAACUAUUGGCAGAUUAUUGCUGUGUUAAUCUCUGUAGUCUAAUGAGUUCUUUGUUCUGUUCUACUGCCUUUUACAUUUUCUUGUCCUUUCAAAAGUGUUCUUGAAAGAAACAAAGCGAAUAGGCAGUUAGCACAGCACAGCUACCCCUUACCAAGCAGUCUAUGGAAACAACCCCUCAUCCAAAUCACGGGUUAGUUAGGAAUCUAACUGGGGCAAUUAAGAUGAAUUCCACUCACUUCCUGGUCACUUCAGCAGCCCAGUGGCAUUGAGCCAAAAUAUACAAUUCUGUGUUAUUAGUGAGGAAACUUUAAAACUCAUGUUUGUUAUUACUUACUACCCAAUUUCAUUAUCCUCCCUUCCUCUUUCCAUUUCUAUUCUCUCUCACUUGAAUUCUGGCAUUAUUUUUAGUGGCCUCUACUGAUAAUACCUACCCUAAAGUACAUAAAAAUUAUAUUAAAAGAGGAAGUAGCAGUAUGCAUAAUUUUAACAGAUUCUAUAACGGGUACCUCAAAAUAUGUAUUGUGCCAUUCCGCAAAUUGAGGACAAUUAUUUUUUUUAAUUUCCUAAAUGAGACCACCAUGGAUUUUUAUUUUUGCCAUUUAGAUGUUUAUACUUAUUUAGCUUUUAUAAAACAUAAGUGAAGCUAAAUCCCACAUAACAACUCUGGUAUUCUUCCCUCAUAUGAGCAGUGAUUUUAUUUGUUACCCACCUUAGAUAGACUAAGAAAGUUCUAGUUUUGUUUUUCCUUCUCCCCGCUUCCCUGGGGUUUUUCCUUACCAUAAGUAUUCUGGUCCCAGGGUUCAGUUCCUUUAGUCAAGAUGUCACAAGUUUAAAAACAAAACUUGAGAAACUACCAAAGGCUCAGGAGUUGUUCACUUUGUUGAAAUCCAUUACAUCUGUCUCACUAACAGAUGUAUUUAAAUAUAGGUACAACAGAUAAUUUCUUUUUCUCCCCUUGCCCAAAUUACAGUCAGCAUUUAAAGCUGUUUAUGGCUUGCCAUCAUUAUUCUGGUAGGCUUGUUAGUGUUAAAAUCUGUUUGAUUUUUUUUUUUUUUUUUUUUUUUUUGGUCUCUUAAAGUCUAAUUUCAGGAUGGAUGAAUUCAAAUGUUUACCAGAGUGUGUAUUUUACAUAAUGUUCUUGAUUAAAAAGACUUGUUUGUAAAUUAUCCGUUGUUUUUGCAUAUGCCCAGUUGAUGUGAUAAAAUUUUCAUUGUCUUACCAUAAAGCCUUGGUUAUCAACAGGUGGAAUGUAGAUAUUGUAAAGCUUUUUGUGAAUUAAAAGUGCAAAAUAAAGCAACCACA